UGCACAGAUGCUGGCACAGGAAAGGGCACUGACCUACGAUCAGGUUUCUACAAUGUGAUUUACGAUACAGUGGAAAUUGAACCUUAUUUUUAUAGAGUAGAUCGAAACCAAAGUGAAAAACUGCUUCAAGGAAACCGGCCGGGAAGUUGUCUGGUGAAAUCUUCCAAAUUUAAGCACACCAAAAUUCGCUAUAUCCUUACCAUCCACGCCGCCCGCAGCUACUUUCACUUGUACAUCCGCCGAACCGGUUUCAACGGAAUGUACGCCCUGGGUCUGCCGAAGCAGAAGGAGCGCCGCUUCAAGUUUCCCGCCGAUAUUGUCCAAUAUUAUUGCACACAUCUGUUGGAAUGUGCCAACGAGACAGCAACGGUUAAACUUAAUUUACUACCGUUCGUCAAGAGUGCAGUGCCGCCAUUUGGAUUACACAAGUAGGGCGAAGCAACUUUAAAAACCAAUCGGAAACUUUAAUUUUAUUACAUAAAAUUGACUAUAUACACAGUUUUAUCUCUUCUUUUAAGCCUUUCGGGACAAAAAAUAAAACGAUAAUA